AUGUGGUCUGCGGCGAGCCUCUACACCGGUGGCUCGGACACGACUAUUGCCGGGCUGACAGCGGAUGCGCAGAAGCGUGCGCAGGAGGAGAUCGACAAAGUCGUUGGCAGCGACCGCCUCCCGACGUUUGCGGACAUGGUGGACCUUCCGUAUAUCGGAGCAUGCGUCAAGGAGACGUUGAGAUACUGGACUGUUGCACCUCUUGGCCUCCCGCAUCGGGCGAUGGAGGACGGUCAAUACAGUAAUUACGACAUCCCUGCUGGAUCCACCGUGCUUGCGAACAUCUGGGGAAUAAUGCACGACGAGACCAUCUACUCUGACCCAUUCACCUUCAAGCCAGAGCGCUUCCUGCCGAAGGCCGCAGGAGGGCUCGGCGAGCCCGAUUGCGUGCCGACGGUGUUCGGGUACGGUCGGCGGAUCUGCCCCGGGAUGCACCUAGCGGAGUCGUCGCUGUGGAUAUAUGCGGCAUGCAUGCUUGCGGUGCUCGACAUCGCGCCUGUGCGCGAUGAGAGUGGCAGGGAGGUUCCGCCGGGUGCGGAGGCGGGGCCCGGGAUCAUCAGUAUCCCGAAGCCGUUCGUGUGUGAUAUCACUCCGCGUUCUGCUGCGUCUGCCGUGCUGGGGACUCAAUGA